AUGAGAAUAAUUUUAUCGUUUCUGACAAUUUUGUUUGUAAACGCAUCCAAUCAAUAUUGCAAUGUACAUAAUAAAGGAGUCAAUUCAGGAUUGGCCAAUUAGCUCGCUCACUCACUUAAUCAAAUCAGAAAUCAAGUUGCAACUGGUUAAAUUAGCUUUGAAGGAUCUUAAUCAGCCUCCAAUAUGAAUGUUUUACAUUGGAGCAAUGGCUAUGCCAAAAUGGCCUAAACUUGUGUUGAAAAGUGCCCUCUCAAGGCUUCCACUUGUGGUUAAGUAUUACUAUGCUUCAUGAAUAGUUUUAAAAUUAUGGAGUGCUAUUUUUUAAGAGACACUUAAAUCAGCAAAUGAGAACCAAUUAGGUUAUGGAGAAGUGGUUUAAAGAACCUGAAAAUGCCAAAUAAUUACUCACAGCCAGAUCUAGUGCCUUUGGAUGCGGAAAGGCUGAAGAUAAUGCCUCUGAAUAUAUAGUUUGUUAUUUCGAUGAGGUAAAUAGAUUAAUUUAAAUCUUUAUAGAAAUACACUGGUGCUAAAUAGGCAUUUUUGGCAGGACCUGUUGGAGCUAGUUGCAAAUUAGGCCGUUCUAAAAUGUAUAGUGGUCUUUGUGCAACAGCUUCUUCAUAGACUUUGAUUCAUCAAUCUUCGCACAUCAAGAAUAAGAAAUAAAAGAAGUAGAAGAAGCAGAAGGCACACAAAAAAAAUAAGAAAAACAAUGAAAAUGAUGUAGCCUUUAUUGCAAUGACAGAUUUCAAAGAAUUUGUUUGAUAG